GAGCUGGGUCUAUUCAAUUAGAAUCAAAGAUUCCUGGCAGUAACAUAGAUUUCAGGAUCAAGUAAAAUUAAAAUUUAAUAUCAAGUAACGACCAGAAUGGCGGCUGGAAACAUGGAGAAGGGGGAGCUAAUGAGCCAGGUGAAGCAACAGAUCGCUCUGGCCAAUGCCCAGGAGAUGCUCUCGAAGAUGACCGAGAAGUGUUUCAAGAAGUGCAUCCAGAAGCCGGGCAAGGCCCUGGACAACACCGAGCAGAGGUGCAUCUCCCAGUGUAUGGAUCGAUUCAUGGACGCCUGGAACUUGGUAUCUCGCACCUACGGAAAUCGCUUGCAGCGGGAGCAGUACAGGAGCAUGCAAGCAGUGGAUAUGACAAAUUAAUGGGGAACCCAUCUCGAUAUUUUUUGGACGAUUUAUUAAAUCUAGUUAUGUUUUCGUCGUUA